AUGACAGAAAAUCCAACAGAAAACAAACCCAACAAGCGAAAGCGCCCAUGUCUGAUCGCCAUAGGAGUUGUACUGUCUUUGAUCUUCAUAAUCUUCAUUAUCUGCCUCGUACUAGCCUUAACGGUUUUCAAGCCCAAACAGCCGAGGACCUCGCUCGUCUCCGCUACCGUCGACGGCGUCACUCCACGUGUCUCAUUCCCGGCGAUCAAGAUCAGCCUCAACAUCACAGUUGAUCUUGUUAUUCUAAUAGAGAACCCGAACCACGCUAGCUUCAAGCAUGGGACAGGGAAGAGUUUACUGUUGUACAAAGGAGUUCAGGUUGGAGAUGUUGAUCUUUACCCCGGUGAGAUUCCGGCGAGGGGUAAUGGUACGAUGCAGGCGAAGCUGACUAUGCAGGCGGAUCGACUGACGUCGAAUAUGAACAAUUUGGUUAGUGAUGCAUUGAGUGGUGAAUUUGUCGUUGAAAUAAGUUCGAGGAUUCCAGGGAGGAUUAAUUUCUUGGGAUUCAUUAAGAAGCAUGUUGUUGCUGUAUCUGACUGUGAAUUGACUGUUGGUGUUCCUUCAUUCAAGGUCAAGAAUCAAGUUUGCAAAAACAAGACCAAGUUUUGA